GCGGCUCAGGGCCAGGGCCUCCAGGGCUAUGACGAUGGUCGUAGUCGCCGAGGCUAUGGUCAUGGCGGCGGUGGUUGGGGUGGCUAUCGCCACCGUGACGAUCGACGGAGGGGCGUCUAUCGCGGAAUGUGAAGACGAUGCGAGAAAGACCUCGAUCAUUAUGGUCGAUGCUGUGGGAAACGAUGCUGAUCGGGUGGAGUUUCGCUAUCGCGAUUCCAACAACCGCAUCGAUCUCAAGUGCUCUCGCACAUCGGUGCCGACGACAUGGCUCACGGUGUCGCAUAUCAGUGGGCCGACUUUGAUCCAGACCAUCUCUCGAUGCCGUGAUCAAAGGGCACGAGUUGAAGGUCCGGAGCAGACGGAGCAGUUCGCCCAGCUUGCCGCAGCUCAUCAGGGCUGGUGGCAUGACGCGGCGACGCUCGACCCCAGCCAGGUCGGAGUCCGGGUCACGUUCGUGGCUGGACUCGACGCGGGAAACUUUCACGUGCAGACUGAGAGCAAGCUCUUCGUGAGGGAUCCCGAGGUCGUGGCUACAAAGGCACUCGCCGAGAUGUCGCAUGAUGGUGGUGCGAUCGCAGCAGUACCUCGUGGGCCGCCGGCGCUCGCUCAAUCUGCCUGGUCCGUUGCAGCAGAGUCGGCGAAUGCGCUCGCUGACAUUCCUUCGGGCUCGGGGGAGUUGGCAGUUCGUCGUCGUGCUCAAGACGACCUGGACACCCGCACGUUCGCUGCGGCGGAAGACACUCGCGGGCAUGUGUCGGAUCCUGUCCGUGAUCAGGCCCGAGACGAUCGGUCUUUCUCAAAAUCCACGGCGAAGUUGACCCCACAGCUCUUCGCCGAGUUGACUGGACCUGGCACGCCUUUCGGCAGCGGCCGUUCGGCCGCGGCCUCAGCUCAGCCCUCGUCGGUCACCGUGCGCGAGGUCAUGGAGGCAGAUCCGGAGUCGAGCGAUCCUCAGAACUUGCUCGGCGCCCGAGUUUUGAACAAUGUUCGCGCUUUCUGGUCGCCAGCACGACUCAGGCGGUUCUGUCGACCCGACGUUCUCGCUGUGGAAGCUGAGUCUUCGGGGCAGUUCGCAGCACAGGUCUUUAAGUGGACGGCCAGCUCGGCUAAGGAAGCCCACGACUUGCUCACGUCACGAGCUCACAUGCUUGAGCAGUUCUGGACCUUCGCUCGACCCGCCGAGGCAUUGUUCACUGACUCUUUGGGGUACCAGAUGGGCUUCGCCCGCUGCUCGAAGAUCCCUCAAAAAAGGUCGGCGACAUCUAUCGCGCACUUCCAGAGGGAUCUCGCUAUCCGGGCCUUGGCGGCUCCAGUGUUGGCGCCAGCCGCGAAGAAGAAGCCUAGCUCUCAGGCCGGCAACUCAACGAACACUCCGCUGCUCGACAUGGAGAACGCCGAGAAGCAGCGCUGGGCCAAGCGGCUCCGCGCGAUUGCCGAGCGCGCAGGUGGUCAUGCAGAUCCCGAUCGGAGUCUGCUGGUGUUCACCUCUGGCGCUCCUUCUACGAUGGCAAAUCACAUUCGCCGUUUUGAGAAGUUCGAACGCUGGGCGCAGCGGGUGGGGAUCGAUUUCUACCCGCUCUCCGACGACAAGAUUCUCAAGUAUGCGAUCGACCUGGACUCUCGAGAAUGUGGGCCCACGGUCUUGCCAUCCCUCAGGAUGGCGAUUCGAUGGGUCGCGUUCCGCAUCAAUCUGGAACUCCCCACGAUCGACAUGCAGGCUCUGAAAUCGCUCGAGAAGCACGUGUUCACUCAGAGGGGAAAGCCUUUGAAAGAAGCAGUUCCCUUCGAGAUACCGUUGGUGAUCGCUAUGGAGAAGUUCGUCUGCAACGACACCCACCCCAAACCUGCUCGGGUCUUUAUGUGGUGGGUGCUGUGCAUGAUCUUUGCGUCACUGCGGUUCGACGACGCGAUCCACGUGAAACCGCACGAGCUCGAGGUGAAGCCGGAGGGUCUUUUCGGUGUCUCGUGGCAGACCAAGACAGAAAGGAAACGCCGUGGCACUAAGUUCGUGGUCCCAGACGUCUCCUUCUCGAAGUGCUCUUGGUUUAAAGAUGGUCGUGACAUGUUCGAGCUGGAGUUCCCAAAUUGGUCGAACGGGACUUUUGGAUUGAUUCCAGAUCUGGACUCCAAGACCUCUUGGCGCCAGACUCCCCCGGGCCAUGCCAGGUCGCUUCACUGGCUCCAUCGCUUGGUCUUCGUGGCGGGCAAGGAGGUCGAGGUCGCGCAAAAGAUCUUGAAUGACGUCACGAAUCUCUCGUGGCACUCGGCGCGGGUGACUAUGCUGGAUCAGGCAGUCCACUUCGAUCGCAGUGCCCAAGAGAUCGGCGUGCAAGCGAACUGGAAGAAUCCUGGACCAUUGGUUCUCAAGUACACGCGUUCGCGCAGUUCUCUUCCAGCCAAGAUGAUCAAGGAGUUGGUCCAGGAGAUCUCGCGCGACUUCACGCCUGAGUGCGCUCAUGCAGACGAUGAGAUCGAUGACCGCGAAGAUCGCGACGUGACUCUCGCCGAGUUCUUCGUGAAAGAGAUUGCCUGCAAACGGGCGAUCGCCCCAGAGUUUGUACACAUCGGGUCGGUUCUUCCUGAUCCGCAGUUGUUGUGCAAGCUUUGCGCUCGCGCUCGGCCUGACGUGGCUCGCUUUGCCGCUCCGAGUGUUUGCUCAAACUCAACAGCUCUUGCAAAGAUGGUCGACCGCACUGUCUACCCGGACAAGGACAAGGUUCCUGAGCUGGCUCUUCGCCAGAUCUUCGGGCGCCAGAAGUUGCCUGAGCCGCUCUGCCUGCUCAUGGCAGACAAAGGCAUGCUGCUGGUCGAAAGAAUGGCGAUCGUCGGCGAUGACAGCAAGUUCGGGCCUGAUGGUCCUGCGCAAGAACUCUCGUUGACGCUUCUCACCGCCGUCCGGAAAUCGGCUUCUGUUCUGCAGGAGCACAUUUCUGCUCGCAGAGCCAAAAUGGAAGAAGAUCCUUCCAAGAUUCCAGAGAUACCCGGAGAAGAUCACGCCGAGUUCAGGGAGAUCUUCGUCAAUCAUCAUCCCGACGUGAUCCUUACGUACAUGCGAGAGCCGCAUCGCAAGUUCGUAGAAAGGAUCCAUCGUGACUUUCUGGUGCACGGUGCGGUCGCCUUCUACGAGGUAGCGGAGAUGCGCACUCGCGCCGAUCGCGUUGUCCAGACGACAGGCUUCUCAAAAACCUCCGAUGAUCUUCUUCGAGUGGUGCAAACGGAUAACAAGGUGUCGAUCGCAUCUGACUCCGACGUCAUGGAUCGACUCCACGCUUUCUUCAUUGCGCUCGAGUACCUGGAUAUCUGCGACUUCACGAUCGAGGCAGGCCCCCUCAAGUACCUCUCGGAACUCGAAGAAUGGAGGCAUGACAAUCGUGGUCUGGCUGUGCUCUUGGCGGCGGAUUCUCUCAUCCGCAAGAAGGUCUAUAAGUUGAACAACGACAAGAGGAAGGAUUUCCCUUCGUUCUCGGCUGCGCUCAAGGAAGUGCUCACGCAUCAUAAGCAGCUCUGGAACGUUGCCCGCUCGACGGCCGAGCUCGAGAAGUUCACGAGAUCUCUACACCGGUCAAGCGGACUCGUUCCAGGUCUCCGCCAGCUGCUCCUACGCCGCCGAAGAACGAG